AUGAAUACCCUUCACUAUUUCAUUGUUUCUUUCAUUCUCUAUCUCUUUUUCUUUCUUUCUCUUUUAUUUUCCCCUCUCAUCUUUUCAAUUUUCUUUUCUUUCAAAUCUUUUCUUUCCUUUUCGUUGUUCUUCCAUUUUAAAUUUCUUUUUGUUUCCCUUUUGCAACCCGAAACGAAGCUGACAUUGCGGCCACACAUGUCCGCUGCGAGGCCCACCGAGACUAAUGUCAGCGCCGAACUCGAGGUCAAACUUCCUGACAACCGAACACAUGAUACCUGCAUUUGUAACUCGAGUAGAACAGCAUUUGGCAACAUUCCACUGUCACCCUCCUCUUUUUUUUUCCAGCUUAUCACUUCCGCUUCAUCGCCUGACCUUUUCGAAUCUAUCGAUAUGUAUCGUCAUAGUAUUCAUUUCCUAUCACUGUAUUUUCCAUUCAAAACACUCACCUUACUCAGCGUUACUAUUUGUAUUGUAACUUUCACCUUUCUCUCUCUCUCUCUCUCUCUCUCUCUCUCUCUCUCUCUCGUGUCGUCCUUGUUAUGA